AUGGCGCUCUCGCUCGCUCUGGCAAUGUUGAAUCCUGAUUGUACGAAGGGGGCGCUGCAUGCAGUUCGGAUCCUGGAGGCAUCUCGGCAUCCUGAUUCCGUUCCCGACCUGGUGUCCGGGGAGGCCCGCCGAGCACGGAGACGCAGGGAGAGUCUUCACAUACUCACCGGCUCCUUCCAGACUAAGAUCGAGCGGCGGCUUCCCAUGGAGGCGAUCGUUGCCGCGAAGGCCAAGCAGUAUGGCACGUGUGGAGCGUCCCAUUUCUCGUCGGGGGAGUUGGAGAUGGCCGUGCGAUGCUUUGACAAAGCCAUUCAUUUCGAUAGCGGUCAGGUGUCUUUCUAUGUUCAGAGAGGGGAAGCUUAUUUCCGGCUGGGCGAUGUUAAGUCAGCGAUAGUGAAUUACCGGAGGGCGGCUGCCAUUGCUACUGACAAGAACCAGUACAGGUAG